AUGCAUAACGCGAGCCACCGCCUGGCAGAGAACCAGAGCGAGCCUCAUCUGCCCGAGCCACGCGCGGAUUUACCCGUCACUCGCGCGCUCGUCGGCUGCGUCCUCUCACUGCUCAUCCUCUGGACGUUACUGGGUAACUUCACGGUGUGCGCGGCGGUUCUGCGUUACCGGCACCUGCGCGCCAAAGUCACCAACAUCUUCAUCGUGUCCCUGGCGCUGUCGGACCUCCUCGUGGCGCUGCUCGUGAUGCCGUGGAAGGCGGCGGCAGAGGUGGCGGGGUUCUGGCCCUUCGGUGCGUUCUGUGACACCUGGGUGGCGAGCGACAUCAUGUGUUCCACGGCGUCCAUCUUGAAUCUGUGCAUGAUCAGUGUGGACCGCUACUGGGCGAUAUCCAGCCCGUUCCGUUACGAGAGGAGAAUGAACCGCCGCGUGGCCUUCGUCAUGGUCGGCGUGACCUGGACGGUCUCCGUGGUGAUAUCAUUUGUGCCCGUUCAACUCCACUGGCACCGGGCUGCGAUCACCGGAUACGCCGGGAGCGGUGACGAAUUUACCCGGGACGUUACCGGGUUUAACGUCAGCGGGGUAUAUCAGCUCCACAGGGCGGAGGAGGUGAACGGCUGGAACUGUGACUCCAGUCUGAGUCGGACCUACGCCAUCUCCUCCUCGUUGAUCAGUUUCUACAUCCCCGUGGCGAUCAUGGUGGUCACCUACACACGGAUCUACCGGAUCGCCCAGGUCCAGAUACGCAGGAUAUCCUCCCUGGAGCGGGCCGCAGAACACGCACAGAACUGCCGCUCGGACCCGCACGUGGAUGUGGAUGCAGAUGGGCACGUGCACCACCAUCGUCAUCAUCCUCCUCUUCGUUCUAAACACCGCUGUUCCAUCUUUCACCAAACUACCAAGUCCCCGAAACAUCAUCAUCACCCUGAUCUUCCUCCCCAACACCGGGCCCUGAGGUACUCCAUUAGGAAGGAAACCAAGGUUCUGAAGACUCUGUCUGUCAUCAUGGGGGUCUUCGUCUUCUGCUGGUCCCCCUUCUUCAUCCUCAACUGUGCCAUGCCCUUCUGCCCAGGUCCAGGUACAGCCUCUAGAACUGUGUCAGACCCCUCCUCCCAAUCCUCCCACCUGUACUGUGUCAGUGAAACCACCUUCGACGUCUUCGUGUGGUUCGGUUGGAGCAACUCUUCCUUGAACCCCGUUAUCUACGCCUUCAACACUGAGUUCCGCGAGGCGUUCCUCCGCUUGCUAGGUUGCCGUGGGGACAACGGGUGCUUUGGCGGCUGGACGACGAGCGCCACGCGCGUGGAGAGCGUUGUCUUGGCGAGCAACGACGCCGCCGGCGCCGGGAAGGAGAAGAAGAACUCGCUCUUCACAACGGAGAUGGGUGUGGCUUACGAUACUGGUUGUGGCGCCGGUAGAGGCAGUGUCACAUCUGGUGUAAUCCGCGACCCGGUUAGAGGGAGGGUGCUACCGACACCGCUAACGGACCGUAGAGGAGCUGUAGAGGAGCCGCUGUGUGACUGUGAGGUGGACCCGGUUAGAGGGAGAGGGGACAGUGGGGCAGGUCUCUCAAGGACGCCACCGGCAACGUUAACGAACCGUAGAGGGACGAUAACACAACCAGAGGCGGAGUGCGACUGUCCCACGGAGGAUUGUAAAAGAGACGUAACGGACGGGGACAACGAACUCAAAUGA